GGCCGGAGCCCUGGGCUCAGGACUGGGCAGCCCGGCCGGAAGGGGGCGGUCUCCUAGCCCGGAAAGGACCGGACUUCCCGGAGGCGGCAAAUCCGGAGGAGCGGCGGCCGCCUUCAUGCUGCCCGCGGGCUGCUCGCGCCGGCUGCUGGCCGAGCUGCAGGAUGCCCUGGACGCCUGCGCCGAGCGACAGUGGCAGCUGGAGCGGAGCCUGCGCGUCUCCCGCCAGCUGCUGCGGACCUGGGAACCAGCCGAGGCGCCGGCGGCGGAGCCAGCCCCAGGGCCAGAAACGAAUGAAGAAGCCCCGCCUCCGGCAUGCACACCCAACCCUCAAGACCUCAAGGAGCUGGAGCUUCUGACCCAGGCACUGGAGAAGGCUGUACGGGUGAGAAAAGGCAUCUCUAAGGCUGGAGAAAGACACAAGGCCCUCAGCCUGAAGUCUGGGUCCACUGCCACUUCUGCCAGCACAGCCUCUGCCCCAUCCCGGGCCUCAGGCCAGGCUGGCCGUCGAGCCUCAGAGACAAAACCACCCAGGGGCAGCCACCAGACCACGGUGCCUGCCAGGGGCCUCCCUGAGUGCAGGCUUCCAUCAGUGGGGGAUCACACCGCUAUGGGGAGAGGCUCCCGAGCCACCAAGCCUGGACCAGGCCUCAGGGACCAACAAAUACCCCCGUCGGCUGCUCCUCAGGCGCCAGAAGCUUUCACACUGAAGGAGAAGGGGACCCUGCUGAAGCUACCCAUGGCCUACAGGAAAGCAGCUUCCCAGAACUCCCGCCUGUGGGCCCAGCUGAGCUCUACACGGACCAGUGACUGCGGGGAUGCUGCUACCACGGCCAAAACCCAGUUCCUGCAGAAAAUGAAGAUGACUUCAGGCUCGCCCGGCUCUGGGCUCAGUGCUGCCCAGGUGGAGGCGGAGGUGGGGCUCCUGCGGAAGGCCUGCUCGCUGCUGAGACAGCGGAUGGAGGAAGAGCUCUCGGCAGGUGAGCGGGCCCUGGUGUGUGUCUCGGGGCAGGGAGGGCUUCGGGACUGGCGGACCUGGCCUGCCCUCCCCCACUUUCGCGUAGAGCCUGCUGACUGGAUGCAGGAGUACCACUGCCUGCUUACCCUGGAGGGGCUGCAGGCCCUCACGGGCCAGUGUAUCCACAGAAUGCAGGAGCUGCGUGCAGCAGUGGCAGGACAGCAGCUGGGGCCGUGGCCUGAGGGGAGAUGCCCCAGCGCCUCGAUGCCCCACGGAGGUAGCACAGACCCUGCGUGGAGCCCCCAGCUGCUUCUCUACUCCAGCACCAAGGAGCUGCAGACUCUGGCGGCCCUCAGGCUGCGGGUGGCCAUGCUAGACCAGCAGAUUCACCUGGAAAAGGUCCUGAUGGCUGAGCUCCUCCCGCUGGUGAGCAAACAGGACCCACAGGGACCGCCCUGGCUGGCGCUUUGCAGAGCUGUACAUAGCCUGCUCUGUGAGGGAGGGGAGCGCUUCCUCACCAUCCUUCGAGAUGAACCUGCAGACUGAGCCCUUCCCAUGACCAGCCGCCCCCCACCUUGCCCCCUUCCCGGGCCGCCAGACCCCGGCAGGAGGGCGAGCUUGUUCUGACCUAGACGACUGGGAGAGUGCCACCGCCCCCUAUUAGGUGAACGGGGAUUGAGAGGAUUUUCACUGUGGUGGUCUGGGGACCCAGAGAUAGCUAUACCCACCCAGGAAAGCAGGGUUCCCAGGGGGUUGGGGACAGCCCCCGGCUCUUCCCGAGGAGCCCAGGGCCCCAAAGCAAGUGGUCAGGCCUCCACUUGGCUUGGACUUCCACAGGCUCGGAGACCAGAGGCCUGCCGGGCUUUUUUCUUAGCUAUCUCCGUUUUUUUCUUACUGCGGCCUUAUAAGCCACUUGUGUGACAUUAAAACUACUUUAGAGGGGCGCCUGGGUGGCAUAGCGGUUAAGCAUCUGCCUUCGGCUCAGGGCGUGAUCCUGGCAUUAUGGGAUCGAGCCCCACAUCAGGGCUCCUCUGAUAUGAGCCUGCUUCUUCCUCUCCCAC